ACGUGUUUGAGACAAUGUGUGAAUUAGAACAAGACUGGAGAAGAAAGCACGUAGAAUAAGUUCGAAUUUGGUAAUGAAUUAGUUCGCCACCUGGUUUUCAAUAAAAUAUUACAAGGUUAUGUAUGUAUUGGACUGGUUGGCCUUGAGUCACUUGCUUUAGUAUCCAAGGUCACUUGGCUGUCAAGGUUUUCUUGUAUUUUGGAAUAUGUAACUGUGCUUCUGUAGUUUGUUUGGCUUACUGAUACUUCAUUAUAUGUACAUAAUGCAGCCAUUUGUUCAUGUGUCUCCAGAAAAGUCCAGUGAGAGGAAUCUUGUUACCAGUGUUAUGGGUGCUCUAAGUGAUUAUAUGCCCAGGAAUCAUUAUCGUACGUGUGGCUCCACAGAACAGGUGUUUAGCGUGAAAUUUGAGGAAUGUGACGCAAGUAGAUGUAACCCCGCCUACUCUAUUGUUUUAUCUCUAGUCACUUGUAAAGGAUCAUACAUAUGGGGAAUUUCGUUUGGUGGUAAUGCUACCCUAUUGUAUGCAGAGAGAAAUACAUGUACAAUAGACCUUAAGCUGCUCCCUACUCCUUCACAUACUGGUGAUUCCUUGUUUUCCAGCAGGCCUCUUAUGGCUAUCUGUGAUACUUUCAGUUGUGCAUCUUCUCAUUGGCAGGUGCGGUUUAUUUCUUUGUGCAAUCGCAAAGUAGUUUUGUCGUAUUACUUAGAGUCGAAAGCGCUCUCAGUAGAUGCAAACGACAGAUUUGUUGUAGUAACACGAACUGAUUCAAUAACAGUAUUCUCAGCACUAACUCUUACAGAACUCUAUACGAUAGCAUAUGUAAAAUCAACACUUUGGCCAGAUCUCUUGCCGAAAAGUGUGCCUUCUUCGCUGGGGGUUCGUUGGUUGGCCUUCGCUGAUUCUAAGCCUGUCUACCAACAUUUGUCCCGAUGUGGCGACGCGAGUACAGAUGAGUCACAACCUUUAACCACAACAGUAUUGAGUAUGAAUAAGCGUCUUUGGGAAGGGAUUUCGGCCCUGGCUACUUCAGUUGUUUCUGGUUCAUUGGGUCCGAAUCCACCAAAUUUGCGUAAUAAUCAUCUUGAUUCUCAACAUCAAGUCCCACAAACAACUUUAUCAGAUUCGUUUCCACAACAUGGAUCUAGUCUAAUUACUUCAGAGGUGAAUAACUCAUCCAUAUCACCCGGUUACGUAACAAUAAUUGAUUUGCAUACAUUAAAUUGUGAACAUGCGACUUUGCGAAAACUUGAAGAUUCUACGUCAUCAGUUCGUUUAUGUUCUGCUGGUUCAAAUCUCUCUGACUCAUCAAAUCAAUAUAAUAGUACUAAUCAAAGAGCUCAGUCAUGCUCUCCAAAUAAUCAACACACAAGUAUUAAAAUGUCAGGAGUGAAAUACUUGAAUGUUCAUGAAUUUGGUGGGUCGGGAGCCAUUGUUGCUCAUUUCAUGGCUCAUCGUUGGGCUGGUGUUGCUCUCUUAAAGUUUGAUCCAUCUGGAAGUCUGUUGUUCACUGCGUGUAAACGGGGUCACUCAUUCAAUUUAUUUCGUAUUGCUAAUCAUCCGUUUGACCAGCGUCAAACUGCUGUACAUCACUUAUACAUUUUGGAACGUGGUAAUUUACCGUGUGAGAUUGUGGAUGCUACUUUCUCUCAUGAUUCUCGGUGGGUAGCUGUGAGCAGCAAUCAUGGGACUACACAUGUUUUCCCUGUUACUGCUUAUGGUGGUCCGAUCACUGUUCGUACACACACUCGACCUCACGUUGUGAAUCGUACUUCGAGAUAUCAUAGAUCAUCUGGUUUAGAAGAGUAUCAUCUAACUAGACCACAACCUGAGAGAAGUGCAACUGAGUCAACUGGAUUUAGCGGUAACUCCUCUAGCAAUUCUAUCAAUAUUCCAUGCCACAUUCCCCAGUCUAGUUCUAUGAAACAUCCUUAUACUAUCCGUAGUCAGUCGUCUGGUUCCGCAUCUGGUGCGUCUAGAGCAACUUCGAAUUCUUGUCAAACUGCACCAAUUGCAGGUUUUGCACCUCAAUGCCCUCAUCUAGGAUUCACAGCUUUCAUGACUCCUCUCAAGGAAACUACUGACUGUUGUAUUAAUGAGGGGAGUUCAAAUUCUUCGUCGAUUCUCUCUGGUGAUUCAGCAUUGUCUGAUGCAUCACACUUUUUCACGCAUUCAAAUCCAUUUUCUUCAGAAUCAUCCAGUAGUCAUCUUCAUGUUUCUGAACAGCCUACUAUGUUGUUUCUAAAUAGUGAAGGAUUAUGUGCUUGUCCACCGAACGCGUUGUAUAACACUACUAAUUCUCGGUUGCCUCCCUAUCCAGAACCUUGUCGAGUUAAAGCUGAAGCAAGAUUGAAACCAUCUAGUGGUAGCAGUGUGACAUCUAUUGCUCGAGGUGCCGCCAGUAGUGCUUUUGAAGCCGUAACACCUAUGAAAAAUAUAAAUGCGGUAAUAGUUAAUCGUCACUUAUCAUCUGUUAAAUCAUGCUAUUCUGAUCCUAAUCAUGUUCACUGCCCUGAAGUUUGUACAUAUACACAGUUGCCAGUUAGUGCAGCAUCUCGUUCUUCUUUUCAUUCACGCAAGCAUACUCGACGUCACAGAAGUGGGCAAUCACUUCAAAAUUUGAAUCAAGAUAUAUCUAGUCCAACAAGUAAUAGUGUUAGAGCUGCACGUUUUGGACCUCCUGUAUGUUUCCUUCCAAAUCAACUUCGUCUAAAUAAUGUAUCUUCAGACUAUCGUAGUGACCCGUAUGUCGGAAAAUCUCGUGCUGUAGAUGCAUUAUUUAUUUUGACAGCCGAUCUUCGCUUAAUAGAAUACGAUUUAUGUGUUAGUGCAGAUGAUACAGCUACAGUCGGUGGGAAAUUAUAUCAGGAUGGUUCAAUUCGUCUAGAUUGUGUAUCUGUUGGCGAAUGGAAUUUACAUACAGAUGCUGUGUACCUGCCUCCAUUUCCUAGACAGCAUCCACUUAUUUUAGCCUCGUCUACACUUCAAGCAAGAUGUAAAACAAAUAGGCUUAAAUCGGACUAUGCUUCAAAUUUAAAGAUGGAUGGUCGAACUGAAAUUUCAUUAGAAUCUGAUAACAAUCUGUCGUCCAGAUCUACAAAUUACGAAAAAGUUAUAUCAACGUUGAAAUCCAGUUUACCUCCAGCUAAUAGCAGUCAAGUGAAAUCUGGAUUGUUAGAAAUAAAAACAAACACCGAAGAUAAUAAUAAUAAUGAUAGUAAUAAGAACAAGAAUGAUAUUGAUGAAGAUGAUACAGAUGAUAAUGUCGUCACUCCUGCUGGAUGGACUGCUGAAGAUGUUGCUUCUUACUGGUAUAGUCAAGUUGAAAUAACUACACAUUUAGGACCUUUACGUCGUGUUUGGAUGGGUCCACAGUUUACUUUUCACACUUAUUCAAAACAACGUGAUUGGAGUGGUUGUGAUCUACGGCUUUCAUCAUUCAAUAGUUGUAGUUCUUCAGAUAAUAACAAUAUACCUAGUACCACACAAAUUGGCUCCACUGGAGGAAGUCUAAAAACAGCAUUACAUCCUACUCUUUUAGAAGCAUUCACAUUAAAUGCACCGUUUAUAUUGCCGCCUAUAGUAGAUAUGACUAAUGAAUUAUUAAUUAAAGAUCGGUAUCCUGGCACAUUCAUACCAUCAUCACAUGGUUCCAAUAGUAGUUUAAAUAUGAUUCCAUAUCAAGGUUCUUCUUCAACAUCUACUUCCUCUGUUCAUGCUUUUAUUCAUCCGCAUCCUCAACAUCAUCCAAAUAUCGCUUUGGCCGCAAUUAAUCGUAAUACCACUUCAUCCAAAACAAUUAUGUUACCAAGGCUACCAUCAGGUUUAUUGUUGGAUUCAAAUGCUAAUUUCAACAGUGCACAGUUAAGAUGGCGUAAUUCGUCAGGUGAACCAACUCGUCCACUUAGUAUUGCUGGUGGUUUUGGACCAAGUGGUGAGGCGAUUGUAAUUGAAGGUGGGAGUUAUCAAGACUCAAGUUUGGGUAGUUCUUUAUCUAGUUUAGUUGGUCGCGGUACAGAUGAUUUGGCUCAGUCGAUUGCUGAAGCUAUACAAGAUGAGGAAACUAACUGGAAUGCAGAUAAAAGUUCUACCAAUCUACCACAAUUGUCAAGUGUUAACAGUAAUCGUGGUGUAUGGCAGUUCAGUGUUAAAUCUACUACCGUCUCAUCGGGUUCAACUAAUAUUAGUGGAGGUAGUGGUCCAGGAUUAUUUCGACUGCCUGAUACUGGUAAUAUUCCAGUUCAUUCGGUAUUAACAGAAGCUGAUUUCCCCAGUCAAGAUACUUCACCAUCAUCAGCUAUGGAUAAUUUUUCACCAAAACAUGAAUUGUUAGACAAUUCAUUGAUUAAAAUGAACAAAAAUUCUAAAGAAAAUAAAACAAAGAAUAACAAUACAAACAUUAUUUAUCCAAAUGAAAAUGUAUCAUCAAACGUUAAUUUAUUGACACAUAAGAGUGUUAAACGGAGACAUGGUAAAAAAAAGUCAAAAAUGAAACGUCAUCCUGUUGUCAUUAGUGAUGAGUUCACUGCUCCAACUUCAGCAGUGACAAUAACAAAUCUUUAUCCAUCAGGUUAUGAAAGUUUAAGCAGUUCACCAAUAAUUCAAAAUUUGUAUUAUAAUUCUUCAGAUUUAUCAACAUUCUCAUUACCGGGUGAUUUACAAGUCAAUACAACAUAUGACAGUGAUAAUAAUAUGAUGAUGUUGGCUAGUAGUCUAUCCAAUCUUCCUUAUAAUCAAAAUUCAUUGGUCGACAAUGAGAAGAAGUCAAGUAUGGAAACAUUUCAAAUUGAAGAGAAUUCACAAAAUAAAGUGGAGAAUUCGAACAAGAUAAAAAAUUUCGAUGCUGUUAGUGAUAAUGAGAGUGAUAAAAAUUGAUAGGCAAAAAAAUUGGACAAACUGAUGAAAGCGAUGGAUAGAAUUAUCAACCAAACUAUUUAUUGUGUACAAAGCAUCUGCUGACGCAAUAUUUAAUUCAUAAUAAUUAUUAUUCAUGAAGUUCUGUGUCAUUUGAAGAAGCUUUUAAUGAAUCUUAUGGUAUGUUGUUCUUGUCUCUCUUGUGUUUUACUUCAAGUUGAUUAAUUGUAGUGUUAUUAUUUUAUGAGAGGUUGUUUGAAAUAAUCGAUCUUUAAACAUGUGCCUUUUUUUCUUGACUUAUUAAUCUAGUUUUAAGACAAGUUGUCAGUAGUUUUUAUUUGAAGAAUUAUGCUUAAUGCAUAUAGAGAAGUUGAAUAUGUAUCUAACAUAGGAUAAAUGAUCAUAAUGUAGAAUGCAUUCAUUCCUAACUCUGAAAUGCUGGUUUCAAUCGAGCAGGAUACAAACAAAUGGAAAAACAUGUGUGGAAGAAUUAAAUAAUAAUGAUUAUAGCAACAAAAGCAAGAGUAGAAUUUAUCUAAAAUACAUUUAUGAUAAAUUGCAUACCUCUUAGAUAUUUUUCACAGUAUUUCUAAAGAACAUAAAAGUUACAACAGGAUUACUAGUGAUUUUUUGGACCUUAUUAAGGAGUUGUGUUGAAGUGACUGAAACUAAACCUUAAUAAAUAUAACAUUUCUAUGAUGGUUUUAAUUUAAAUGCUUUUCUGUUUGUUCCACUCAGUCGGACUUUUAGAAAGCAGUUCUAGGUAUGAUGUUGAAACAGUGUGCCUAAAACGUGUUCAAGAUGUUAUAGACGAUGUUACAAUAUCUUAUGACUGAUUGAACAAAGAUCUCCAAUUUAUUUAAACACAUUGAGAAACCUCAAGAUUACUUAUAGUAUGUAUAGCAAGUACAAUAAAUCAUUCAGUGAUAACAAAAUAUGAAGUAGAACUGUUGAAUAUUGUCAUUCCUGCAAAAUGUACAAAUCUAUUUGGAUCAUAGUAAUUUAAAACCAAUAUUUUAUUAAUAGACAGGUAUGAUAAUGCCAAAGUUAAUUCGGAUUGUGAUAAAGUGUAAUGGUUUUUAAUAUAUGACCAUCAACACCAUUCACCUAACUAAAACUACUUAGCAACUUUGAGUAGAUUAAUUCAGUUCAUAUUUCCAGAUAUUUGCUUAAUUUCAAUUGUCAUAUGAAGGUUUUAACUAGGACUUUAACGGAAAAAAAACUUUGGACGUGUGUGGAUAUAUGUGAGAAAAUUCUAAGAAGGCCAACAGAAUCUUGUCAAUUUGGAAGUUCUUACAUUAACGAUAGUUACUAGUCUAAAAUCAUUAGAUUUCAUGUCAAAUCAACGAACUGACGAAGUUAUCACUUCAGCAUUUACAACAAAACUACUGAACAAAACUAUCAUGUUCAUCAUGCACUAAAAUACAACAUAGAACGGUCCUUUGACAACUACUCAGUGAAAUCCUCCAAGCAAAAUACGUACUAGAAAAAAUAAAAAGUUAUCAGUAGUUUAUUUCUUUUCAAUAAAUAAAAUUUAGUCAUGAAUGAUCGCUCUGUUUUAAAACAUUUGUUUUACGAGAAACGGUAAACUUUCUGAACUGUUUCACGAAAUCUGUCGUCAGGUAAGUAUUUAUGCAGAAUAUUUGAAAACAAGCACAUCUUAUGAAGCAGUAUGAUUACGGGUAAGAAAGUUAUAUGAGUUUAACUUACUGUAUUCAAAUAAAAUUAUUUACUGGUUAAAUAGAGGCAGGGGGCAGGAUUAACUCUUCUAAGCAAUAAAUGUGUAAUGUAGCUCGCCAUUUCUAACGUCAUAUGCUGAAUUGAUGCAGAUAUUGAGAAUAAGUGAAUCCAAGUAAAAAUGUACUCAUGAGCACAUUUGUGUUAUUCAAUAAAAUGUAAUAUGAAUAUAAUAGCCAUCUCACUUGCAUUUUUUGUGAAGUUGUUAUUGACGGUAUUUUUUCCUAUUACGUUUUUCUCUAGAUGGAAUAAUUGAAUAAUAUAACACACAUUUGCAUAGGAUAGAUAAUUUUUGUUCCAAUAUAAAGUCGUAUCCUCUUCUAUUGAACCAUUAUGAAUCAUAACAAUUACACGUUCGAUUGAUAUUUCAUUUAUUCACAUCUGUUUAUGUACCCAGGUGCUAUUUUUCUACUAUUUAGAUGUCAUGCCUCUUUUUCGAAUUUAGGAUUUCAUUUUUAUCCGCUUCCUCCAGUUUACAUUCUUUCUACAAUAAAACACUUCAAAAUAGAAAAGAGAUAAGCAGAUUUCUGUCCAUUUUAAAGCCAUUCUUUUUUCAUUUCGCUUCUAUCAAUCAACCUAUUAACACAACAGAGAAGCAAAAUACUUCUUGAUCAUGACUAACGCUGCCGUUAUUUGUUUAUUUUCUCGAAUUGCUUUCUUCCCACCAUAUUAACAAAACAACACAUUCAUUCAUACUGAUAACCUAUAUUUUGUUUUGCUAGCUUUUGUUUACCAUCUUUCUGUUAUUUUUGUGUGUAUGUCGGUAUUAUUCUUCGUUGCUUUUUGUCCCCGGUUACGGUUAAAACGUGUAGCCUGAUAUUCCCUAUUUCUCUUCGUAUGCACACAAAUUUACUUAUCUGUAAAAUACGUAAUGGACAAAAUAUAUUCGAAAGUGUAAUUAAUAUCCGUUGAACGUUUCUUUUCCACUCCUUUAUUCCUUUUGUGCGCCAGAAUAUCUGUUUUACUACAUUUUAAGGUUUCUUUAAAAGUAUAAAGAGAUUGAUAAUAAUAUAAUUGUCAUUCUAGCAAAUAUAUAAAAGAUAUACAAUAA